UAUUUCUGCAUGUCCAGAUCUUUUUAAUGGAUUGAAAGGCUUAGAAAGUACAGUAGAAAUUUGUGUUUAGUGGAGAAACAAUGAGGAAUAUGGAGAGAAUGAAGAAGGUUUUGUUCCCUGUCAGGAAAGCAAUUCUUCGCCAUUCCUCCAGAUUUCGACCAAGAAAAGCUGGGAAAGGAUCACUUGUAAAGCUCCACAAGGAUGUAGAAAAUUGUGGGUAUGAGGAUGUGCAGGUGAUGUGGGAAAUGCUGAAACAAACAGACCUCUUGGGAAAAGCACAAGAAGAGAAGUACGAGCAGAAAAUAAUAAGCCUUAGAAAUUUAUGGCGCAAGAGCCGAACCAUCCUGAAUCUUUAACUAAUAGUAAUGGAUCACAGUUUUGCAGAGUGAGGGAUUCCAGCUUGAGGAUGAGAACCAGUCAUUUGCUCAGUUGUCCUAUAAAAUUUUGUCUACCGGCUGAGG